AUGGUUGCUGCUCGUCUGCCAGUCGAAGACCUGGAGAAACACCCACAGUUGGCUCGUGACAUCAAAAACCUGCAGAAUAAGACGAAAGACUUGGCUACGUCGCUCGAGAAGAAACAUUCCAGUCGAAGAAAAACCUGCGACAAGGCCAGGAAUCGAUCAAUUCGAAGAUUGCCCUGCUGAAGAACGCCCUUGUUGAAUCGCAAGUCGACCCCGCACAAACAAGUGCCGCCUUGGAAUUGAUCACCGAUGAAGCCAAGAAGUUGAGAGACGAGGCAGAAGAACACAAGAUCAACGUCGCUCAGACGAAUGCCUUCGUUACGCACGACGAUCUCGACGGAUCUCUAGUUGAACAGGUCGCUGAGUUGCAGAACGACAUCAAGAGAAGAAGCGUCUGCAAGCCGAAACGGAGAAGGUUCUUGAGUUAGCCCCGAAGGUCGAACUCAUCUCCCAGUCUCUACAAUCGAUGCCGAGUCAGCUUCCAACCACGCUGGACGAACAACAAACGCUGUUGGAAGAUAUGGAGAUCAAGAAACAGAAUCUCCAGAACCUGAUUUCGUCGAUGAACGAUGCUCCAGCGGCCGAGGAACUCAAACAGAAGAGCGAGUGGGACUUGUCCCGGAUCAAAGACCUUCUCCAGCAGCUUGGAUCUGCUGUGGGAGAUAAAUUGGCCGCUCUUGCUGCAUUCAACGCGGCUCGCAGAGAAGCUGAGGAAAAAGCUCCUGACCAUCACGGCUGA